AUGGAAAAUUCACCGAUGACAAUCGGCUCAAAAGGUUUGAUAAAUAGGCAUGAAUUUGUGAGGGCUAUAAUUCAAAGCCUUUAUUCAUUGGGUUAUAGAAAGUCUGGUUCUUGUCUCGAGUCAGAAUCUGGGGUUUCGUACAAGUCUAUGAAUUUUGAGUUGCUGGAAUCACAAAUAUUGAAAGGAGAUUGGGAUGGCUGUAUAAAUACCCUUUGUGCAAUUCAGGAGUUGGUGGAUGAGACGAGAGCUUCAGUGUUGUUUCUGGUGUUGAAACAGUGUCUGUUAGAAUAUUUGAAUGGCGGAGAUGAUUCUUUAGCUCUUUCUGUUUUGCGGAAGCAGGUUCCUGCACUAAACAUGGGCAAGGAAAAUGUCCAUAACCUUGCUUAUAGUAUAAUUUGCUUGAAGGAGAUGGAAUUAAGUAAGAUAGAUGACUAUGUCAUCCACGAGCAGCGGAAAAACUUGUUGACAGAGUUGGAAAAAUUGCUUCCUCCACCAACUGUGUUGCCUGAAAGAAGGUUGGAACAUCUAGUUGAAACUGCUAUUACAGCUCAAAUUGAUUCGUGUGUUUAUCACAAUUCAGUGGAUUCAGUUUCACUUUUUGAGGACCAUAACUGCACAAGGGACCAGAUUCCCACAGAGACCAUUCAGACGUUGACUGAGCAUAACAAUGAAGUUUGGUUUGUUCAGUUCUCUAACAACGGGGAAUACUUAGCUUCUUCUUCACGGGACUGCACAGCCAUCAUAUGGAAGUUCUGCAAUUUAGACUUGAAUGAAAGGGGAUUUAAUUGCAUCUUAAUCCCUGGAUCGCUGCAUAGUCAUGGUUCAAUCCUUAGUCAAGUUCCACUUUUGUUUUCUUCGUCAUCAUUGCUGAGACUGCUGAAACUUGUUCAUUCUCUUCGUUUUCUAGAGGAGCAGCUAUUUCAAGUGCUCAAUUGGCUGGAUAUCCGACGUUCAAAUUUUAGCAUGUUGAGAAUGUACUGUAAUACUAGGCGCGAUACUAAAUGUAUCCUUCGGAUGAACAAGCCACAGAGGGAUGCUGGAAGGUCUGAAGAGAAAUUUCAGCAAAUAGAAACUGAAAAUAGGGGACAACUAAAGGACGAGGUUAAAGAAAUAAUUAUUGACACGCCAAAGACAAUGGAUAUCAUGACAGAACAGGAGCACAACAUUAAGGAUACUCAAGACAGAGAUGAGCAAAUUGUACAAAUCAAUCAAAUCUUCCUCACUGUUUUCACUUAUGGAAAUGGGUUAAUUGAUAUCAAGUUCAAGAGAGUGGCUUCAAGCUAUAGGAUGAGUUUCAUGAAGUCCCUUGAUGUACUGGAAGAGGAGAGGCUGUCAUUCAAACACAUGCUAAGAAGCCACCAAAACCCAGUAUCCUUUGUAGCAUGGAGCCCUGAUGAUACAAAGUUGCUAACGUGUGGAAAUGUGGAAGUUCUCAAGUUGUGGGAUGUGGAAACAGGUACAUGCAGGCAUACUUUUGGGGAUCAUGGCUUCAUUGUUAGCUCAUGUGCUUGGUUUCCCGACUCAAAGCGAUUUGUGUGUGGCAGUUCUGACCCUGAAAAAGGCAUCUGCAUGUGGGACUGUGAUGGUAAUGAGAUAAAAGUAUGGAGGGGCACAAGGAUGCCUAAGGUUAUGGACCUUGCUGUGACGCCGGAUGGGGAAAAUCUGAUCAGUGUAAUGUCAGACAGAGAAAUUCGGAUAUUAAAUGUCAGGACAAAUGCCGAACAGGUCAUCCCAGAAGAGCACCCAAUUACUUCCCUUUCAAUUUCAGCUGAUAGCAAGUUCUUUAUUGUCAAUCUUAAUAGCCAAGAGAUCCAUUUGUGGGAUGUUGCAGGAAAAUGGGAGAGACCAUUGAAAUAUAUAGGUCAUGAGCAACACGAGUAUGUGAUAAGAUCCUGCUUUGGUGGAUUGAAUAGCUCAUUUAUUGCCAGUGGUAGUGAGAAUUCACAGCAUGCAGAUUCACACUCUGAUGUUAAGCAGAUGGAAGCAGCACUAACUCAUCUGUUAAUCUCUGGUCUCCUGUUAUUUGGUGAAGUUUACAUCUGGAACCGGCAGAACUCUAGGCCAAUCGAGGUUUUGUCUGGCCAUUUAAUGACAGUGAACUGUGUCAGCUGGAACCCUACAAGGCAUCAAAUGCUGGCAUCAGCAAGUGACGACCAUACCAUCCGGAUAUGGGGAUCUAGCCAAUCCAAGAACAUACAGCAUUAG